AUGUCAAAAUUGUCUCUUCAAAUUUUGCUUUUCCUUCUCGCUGUACUUUAUGGAGCUCACGGAGCAGUUUGUCCAAAUGGAUUCAAGUUGAUUAAUGGGAACAAGUGUUUGAGAGUGUUCACGAACAAUCUGAAACAUUUAGAAGCUGAAACUGAUUGCUCUUAUCUUGGGGGAACCCUAGUGACUAUCAAGAAUGCAGUGGACAACAGAGCCAUUACCAACCUUGCCGCUAGCGUUGGAGCCAAUACAGUAUGGAUCGGAGUAUUCUGUUUCGCCACUGGAAACACCACCACCUGCUAUUCCGAUGAUAACUCAGGGGUACUGAACUUUAAGAGCUUCGCGGCUGGAAAUCCAGCUGUACAAGGAAAUGGAGGAUGUGUGUACAUGCAAGUCUCGGGGAAGAAUGCUGGACAAUGGAUGAGUGCACCAUGUGAGGUGAUUGGCAUGCCAUUCAUUUGCGAGGUUCCAUUGACGAAUCCAGAUUCAUCCUGCAAACGAAACUACAAUGGCUACUGCUACCUGCCAUCCCACGAGCUCCAAAUCUCCUCUCCAAACGCCACUUACUCCCAAGCAGAAGCCAUUUGCCAAUCCAACAACGCCGAUUUGGUCUCCAUCCACUCAAAACCCGAAGUCGACUACAUCAGAGCCAUCUACAGAAACGCUGGAGCCCAAUCCAUCUACCUGGGAGCCCAAGCCUUCCUUCCAGACACUUUCGACUGGGUUGAUGGAUCCAAUUGGGACUUUGAUAACACUGAUCCAUUGGCAACUAUCAAGGGAGACUGUUUGGCUAUGGAUUUGUCGAGUAAGCCAAAUAAUGGAAUGUGGUCCGAGACGAAUUGUCAGAAUAUCAACUACUUCUUGUGCAAAAGACGAAUUGGAGGAGCUGUGAUGGCUUCGACUGUAAUGCCAUCACUAAAUGUUAUCAGUAGCUUGGAAGAGGAGGAAGAAAAUGUGGAGAAGAAGAGAGUGAAUCCAAGAUUCAACUUGAAAAAGCACUCGGAACUUCUCGACUACUCCAACUGCAACGCCACAAUCCUCAUGUCUCCAGGAACCAUCACAUCCUUUGGAUACCCCAACACCCAACCACCAGUGGCUUACUGUACCUGGAACCUGGCUGCUUUGGGGCCAUACAGAAUCGGAAUCUACUUCACUGACUUCUCAACCUACGCCAAUGUGAGAAUCUAUGACGAAUUCGGAAACCUUAUCAGUCAGCCAAACGGAAACCAACGACCAUUCUCAGUGCUCGGAGCGACGAAUGUUGUCCAAAUCACUCAUGAUUCUAGUUAUGAUGCUUAUUAUAAUUAUCAUGGGUUCAGUGCCACGAUUCUGCCUUAUUGA